CCCGAAAAAUAGUUGACAAACUCGCAUAUGUCAAGCAAAAGAUGGUGCAGAAAGAAAGAGAGAGUGCCAUAAGAGAUGAACUUCAAAAUCUGAGUGCAAUUUUACCUUGUAAAGACUUGAGAAAUGGUCAUCCUUCAAGGAGGGAAAUACUUGAAACUGCAAUUAGUCACAUCAUGCAGCUUCAAGAAAACAUUAGAGAGGCUUAUCUCCAGAGAGGACUGAAAACAGAGGACUUGCAAGCUAUGUUACAAAACAGUGGCAUGUCCAGCUUGAACCAAAACUGUUUUCACAGCACAGCUGGGAAACAAAGUGAUGCAGCUAUGUUCUCUGAGGCAUCUAACAGCCUUUGCAGCACCCCUGAACUUGUCAUUGAAGAAAGCAUGGCAGCAAGCUCUGCAUCACCAUUCUCAGAUUUAAGCAGCCAAGGGUCAGAGAUAGAAGAGGAGGCUGUAGCUCGCCCCUCUGAAAAUGAAAGCACUACUGAAACACCUGUUAAUUAUAUCAAAAGGCCCAUGAAUGCUUUCCUUUGGUUUAGCAAACAAUACCGUGGAGAAUUCAAGACACAGUAUCCUGGCAGAGAUAACCGGGAGAUUAGCACCAUUCUUGCUAAACAUUGGAGAAGCAUGAUCCCUGAGCAGAAGGAGCCAUUUAAGGAGAGAGCAAGGGAAGAUAUGAGAAGGACAAGAGAGACAUAUCCAGAUUUCAAGUACUGCAAAACCAGGAAAGAAACAACCCUGGCCCAAGCCUCAACCAACAGAAGUGAGAAGCCAGAUGGUUGGGGUCAAGGAUACAGGAUUGGUUCUCACAAUCUACGACACAGAAAUACCAUUAUAAACACAACUGCAAAUGGCAAAGGAAAAACUCCUGUCACAAAGAAGGUAGAUGCUUCUUGCAAACAAAGUAAUUUGAAACCAAAAGGUCAUCAGACAAAAGUUAAGUCAGAAACAACUGCACCAGGGAUAACAGAGAAAGCAAGCACCUCUGCUGAAGAUGAAGUGAAGAUGAUAACAAAAGGAGUUACUCAAAAAGAAGAUGGAGACCAAGUUAGCAACUGUCUCAAAGACCAGAUCAAGAGUUUAUGUCAGGAUGGUGCCUCUGGAGCUGAGACAAAGUUUGAGUGGUGUUCCACUUCAUGCGACAACUGGGUUCAGUGCGAAAACUGUAAAAAGUGGCAUAUGUUACCUGAUAAUAGUAACCCCUCCAGUUUGCCUGACAAAUGGUAUUGUUGCCAACAUGUUGACUUGCCAGCAUAA